AUGAGAAACCACAAGGCCAAAGCGAAGGAGAAAGAACAGGAAUCUGUAGCAAAAUUGACUACUACACCAAACAAGGUGAAGAAAACUACCCCAAACACCAAUAGUAACAGAAAGUCAGCAAACAAAAAGAGAAACAGCACUAUUAAUGGCCGAAUUCUGAAACUGGGUAGUGUUAGUCCUAGAGGCGGUUCCAAUUCCACGCCUGUUCGGACACCUAGAGCUAGCCCUUGUCCUCCGAGUAUAGUGGACGCUUCAUUAUUGAAGAAUAACAGUCCAUUGUUGAAGAAUAACAGCCCAUUGAAUGGUAAGAGAAGGUCAUCAGUCAGAUUGGCAAAUAAUCAGAAAAAAAAUGCUACCGAUGUGUCAAGUAGCGCAGUUUCCUCUCCAAAAGUGAGUUCCACAGAUUCCUCGAAUGCAAAGAACAAACUGUCGCCAUUGAAGAGUACUAUCGAUGAAAUCAAGAAAUCCAAUAGUAGAAGCUCGUCGACACGCAAUUCUAGAUCAAACACUCCUAAAUCAACACCUAGAAAAGGAAUGAAAAUAAAUACUCCAAAAACAACUAAUAACAAGGCUGCUUCAACUGCAAAUACUCCAAAGUCUAACGCAAAGAAUAAACAGAAAGUUGUCUCAGGGGAGCAAGAAGUACAAUUAAAAGUUGCAAAGGAGAAACUUGACAAUGAACUAAACUUUGAGCUACCUAAAGAACAAGUUGACACCCCGAUGAUGAUUGAAAUUCCAGAGCAAGUGAGUGUUCGAAAACAGCUCAAAAUUCCUGAAUUAUCUUCUCCUUUAAAAUCAGAAUUGCCACCUUCCACGGAAAAUAUAUUCAUCUCUCCAAGUGGAAAGAAAAAGGUUGUGUUUUCUGAGGCUUUAGAAUCAUGUUCUGUUUCUCCAAGUAAAAAAAAUUCCCCGUUGAAAUCAAUUUUGAAAGUGAAGGAAGGCGAGAAAGAUAAGCUUCUGCCGAUAAAGAAUAACAUAUUCAAUGAAGAUGAUUACAAGCACAAAAAUAUUCCUUCGGGUAAUUAUGCUAUUGAUUUUUGGCAACCAGGAACAAUUGCUCAGGUAGAAUCCGGUAGUGAAGAAUCAUUGGCCUUAAUUGAUGGAUGUUUGAAAAAUUUGGAAGAUCUGCAUUGCAGUAGAAAGUUUGAGAUUUAUGCCUCUAUCAACUUGGUUAUUCAAAAGAAUUCUUUUACAUUUUUGUUGCCUAAAUUGCAACAAAUUUGUGAAAAAUUGAUUAAUUUUAUCAAAAGAGAUAUGUUGAUUUGCGAAGAGAACAUUGAUAAGAAGCUAAAUGACAUGAAGAAUCCCCAGCUCAGCCCAACCAAAGCGUCUGAUCCGUUUGAAAACCGGAUUAUAAUUCAAUCUAUCAAAAUCCUCACGUUUUUCACUUCCAGAUUAGAGUUAGUUUCGAUAUUACUUGAGGAAGAUAUGAGAUUCAUAAUGAAUCAUAUUUGUGACAACCUAUUGGGAAACAGUGAAAAAAUUCCUAAAUCAGUUGGCUCUGCCUAUCUUUCUCUAAUAAAGGACCAGAAAUUGAGUAAGUUUCAAUCAUUGAGUUUAGCACAACAAAAGAAGAUUUAUUCUCAAGUGACAGUUGAAACCAAAUCUACUAGUUCCCUUUUGCCAUUUUUUUUGCAGGACUUGCAAAAAGUUCUUCCGCAAGACAAAUCUAAAAAGACAUUCACGGAAAAAAAAUAUUUCAUUUCUGUUGAACUUUCUGAAAGAUUGUUGAAUGCUGUUAUUAAUAUCCAGAACUAUAGUUCUGUUUCCAUCACCAUUGAAAGAACAAUUGCUAUCAGGAAUCUCAUUCUGGAAUUCCCGAAUAUGAUGGAGAAGCAUUUCACACACUGGGUUGGUAACAUCAUGUUGAAUAUCAUCAGUGCUUCCAGGGCUAAAGCAUUUUCUCUGAAGAUUUUGAGUGUUUCUGUAACCGUUCUUUUGGAAAUGGUGAAAACCUACUUGGAUAAUAAUUCCCUCAAAAUGAAAUUUUUGCGCUAUCUAAACAACAGGAUUGUCAAAGAACAAGGCAGUAGAUUCUUAAUGGAGUCUAUCGAUGAAAAUGAAUCAAUAUCAUUGACCAAAAAUGAUAGGAACUCCUCUGGAAGAUUAUUGAUCGAUCAGACUCUACUAAGCUUAUUGCAAAUUAUGAAAUCAAAACAGUACAAACAAGCCACGGAUAUUUGGGUUUGUAUCACAUUAUUAAUCAAUCACGGGAGCGUGGGUGUUGGUGCAGCCCAUGUUCCGCGUUUUAACAUCGCAAAAUGGGACUAUUUAUCUGACUGGAUAAAGAUUCAUGACUUCUGUGUGUCCAGUAAAGAUCCCGAUGUCAUUAUUUGCGCGCUUAAAUCAUACAAAUGUAUUAUUUAUGUCUCUAGUGAGUUCAUCCGCGAAAACAUGAAGAUUCGAUUGGAUGAGCUAGACGCUAAUAAAAACGGAGCAUUGAUUGAAGAUAAGGCUCGCUUGAGAUUUUUGCAAGAAUCUCAGGAUCACAUAAACCUUCUAGUGCACCCACUCACAAGGAUUGCUUGUGAAAAUUUCCAACUCGAAAAUGUUGAAGUUAUUGAAGCGCUUCACGCUUUGAGUCUACGGAUCCGCUACUCAGUCUUCAACCAUCUUUCAUUGGAUUCUAACUCAAUCGGAGGACAUAGUCCAAGUCGGAAUCUUUCUAGCAACACUCACGGUGAUGCAUUAAAUGUUGUAAAGUUUCACUCAACUAUUUGUCGUGAUUUAUGGGAGCUGGUAAUGGAUAACAUUUGGAAAAAUUUCUACUUGAAAAUUUUAACUAGUGAAGGCUCCAAAAACUUAAACAUUAUCACUGAAUUUUAUAGCGGACUUUUUUCUGUGAAGCCAAAGGGAUUUUGCGGGGUCAGUACUCCAAUAAAAAUUUUAUCCAAUGAAUCUGUGAAAAUGGCAGACAUUAAAUCAAUUUCAAAUAAAUGGCUUUUCAAUAAUUUCGAUCAUUUAAAGUCAAUAUUUGAUUCUCUAUUUUGUGAUAAUGGUCCAAUUCCAAAUCUGGUAAAGUAUGAUUUUCUCAUAAAAUUCAUGAACUUCAUCAAACCAGCAAUUAAAAAAGAUAAAGAGUUAUCAGUUAAAGGUUAUAAAACUUUAUUGCAGCUUACUGGGUACAUUGAAAGAUUCGUUGAUGGGCUUCAAGGUGAUGGACAACUAUUAUUAGAAUAUGCAAUCCCAAUUGUUCUGGAGUAUCUAGAGAUCGUUCAUGCUAAUGAUUUGAAUCAAUUGAAGUUCAUCACCACAGUGCUCACUAGCCUUGAGAACGCAGGCUCUGCGCAUUUGCGCUCCAUUUUCAAUACUUUGCCAACCUCCAAGCAGUUGAAAUUAUUUAGUGAGUUAGCGCGCAGUCAUCUGGCACAGAUACAACAAUUCAUUGUCACUAAUCUUGAGUCAAGGAUGUUUUCUAAUUUCAAUAAUGUGGAUUGUGUCACUGUGGGGACUAUUGUUGGAAGUCAUAAUUUGAAAGGUUUAGACGUGGAAACUAUGGUUAAAAAAUUGGUUGAUCAGCUUAUCAAAUCACCAAAACUUACUGAAGAUAACGUUAAGGGUCUAUUCAUCGCUCUUAAUUUUUCUGAGAUGGAGGAAUUUGAGGCAUUUUUGAAAUGCAUUUUGCAAUUUCGGAAAUUUGGAUCCAAUACUAUUGACUCGCUCAUAAUCCUUGAACUACUCUCCAAGAUUAAUUGCACUAGUAUACACAUUGAGAAAUUACUGGCAUUUAAGGCAUUAAUAAGUUACGAAUUGUUCCCAGAAGCAUUGCACGAGACUUUUUGCGUUUUUCUUGCCCGGUCAGACAUUGGUAGUGAAGCAGGAGAAAUUUACCAAGGGCUAUUGCAGUUUUUGUUACGGAUUGGAGAUAAUAGGUUUCUUAAUAGGUUGCUCAUAUAUGGGAUCAGAGAUCUGAGGUACUUGGGGUUUACCAAUAAGUUCGUUGACGAUAAUAAAGAAAUGUUGAAGGAUAAAAAUGUAUUUGAUUUUUACGUUGAAAUGGAGAAAAUACAAAAGGGUAGGGGGGACUCAAAUAUCAUUAUUCGAGGUGCCAACCUAAGUACAAUAGAAGCCAAUGAAAAUCCCUUGAAAUCAGAAGCUGAUUCUCAGAAAGCGGAGAGUAGUAAUAAUGAAGUUGUUUUAGAACAUAAAGACGAAUAUGGAAUUAAUCAUGAUAUUAACCUUAUUGAUCUUUCUAACAAGAAGCUUGCUAAUGAUACUCAUGCUUUUUCUGAAGCGUCCCCAGUGGUUGAAAUUUCUAAUACUGUUUGUUCGCAUACAGAUGGAUCCAAUUCUACUGAGCAAAAAAGAAUAGAACUUAAUGAGCCAGAAGAAAGCUUUUCAAUCUCUGCAAUGCCAACAGAUUUAGGAAUUGAUGGCAACUCUGCUAUAUCGGAGCCAGUAUUACAGUCUUCCUCCCAAGACGUUGGCAAUAAUAUCAAAGUUCCUCCGUCUACCAUUGAUUUUGACAAACCUCUUCAUGUUUCCAGCGAUAAAUCAAUUGAUAUUUCUUUGCAAAAGACUUUGGAAAUUGGUGUAUCAUCUGACGAAGAUAUUGUGGAAAUUGAUGAGAAUGGUGUGAUUUUUGUGCUGGAAGAAAAGUUACAAAAUACGUUCGAUCUCAAAAUAAAUAUCAAGCAAGAAGAUAUCUCCUCUGAAGGUAUAUUGAUUCCUCCUUCAUCUGGUAAUAAUCAAGCCGAAGAUAUAUAUUAUAACCGUACUGACAUUUGCAAACCGUCUAGUGGAAAUUUAGACAUUGAAAAAGCAAGAAUUUUGCAUUCUGAAUCCCAAGAUAUUAUUAAUAUGGCUGAGAUGUCACAAAACACAGCUACUGCUAAUGGCCUGCAAGUCGAAGCUUCCACUGAAGGGAUGUCGCUGUCUAAUCUAACAGAUAAUGAUAAGCUACCUAGUUUGUCUAUGUUGGCUCCUUGUGACAAAUACUCAGAUCUGAAUGCUUUGGGACAACCAGGUAUGAAUGAGAAAUAUGUGUCAGUGUCAGAGCCCACUAAUUCUGUUGUAGCACCAAAUGGUAAAAUGUUUGAAAGUCAAGGGAAAAGAAUUGCGAGCAGCAAUGAUGGUACUAAAAAUCAAGAAGAUUCUCAAAAAAAUGCAUUAUUACACAAGAAGAGUGGCCUCAAAAACACUGCAGAAUCCACCGUCUCCACGCUGUCAUCAAGUUCCUCCUCUAUUGAUCCUUGUCUUCCAUCUUCAACUCCUGUGAAAAUCAAGGUUGAAGAUGUUGAGCAAACGAUUACACUGCAUGAUGGAUAUGUUGCUACCACUUUUGCCCGUGGAUUUUCAUUCAAGAAUCCAGAAGUCUUGCUUGAUAGCGAUGAUGAAGAAUACAUUGAUGCUCUGGAGCACCAAUCUCCCUCUCCUCCAAAAUCUGCACGUCCUCUGUCAUUAGCAGUGUCAAAACAGGUAGUAUCAGUCACGCCACCAACAAGAAAUUUGAAGAGACAUUAUUCGAAUAAUGAAGAUAGUUCUAAUGAUGAUUUACCUCUGGGAGAAAAUCGUGUUACCAAAAAGGCCAGGACUGCUGAUUCGAUAUUCGCAGGGUUCAAUAGCAUGGUUGGAUCAGUUACUGAUGAGGAACUUAAGUCUAUGUCAAUUGAAGAGAAAUUCAGACUUGAAUCCUCACUAUUACAAUUUAUGAUGAGAAUGCGAAAGAACUGA